GGCGGGGGCAUCGCGCGCGCGGGCGCGGCGCGUGCGCGGCGCGGGGCCCCGGGCCGGAUCUCUCGCGAGGAAGGACGCCAUUAUCGCAGCCGCCGCACAAAACACCACGAGAACUCGGCGCCCGCCUCACACGGAGUGCAUGCCUGGGCCAGCUCUGCCCUGGGGAGCUGCAGUGGUGCCUGAGGGGUUUUGCUGCAGGUUCUGAAUGAUGUCAGAGCAGGAUUUGGCAGAUGUGGUUCAGAUUGCUGUGGAGGACCUGACUCCUGAUAAUCCAGUUGUGUUGGAGAACCAUGAGGUGGCAGAUGAUGAUGUGGAACCUGCCCUGAAACGUCAGAGGAUAGAAAUCAACUGCCAGGAUCCCUCUAUUAAGUCGUUCCUGUACUCCAUCAACCAGACCAUAUGCCUGAGGCUGGACAGCAUCGAGGCCAAGCUGCUGGCCCUGGAGGCCACCUGCAAAUCCCUGGAGGAGAAGCUGGACCUGGUCAUGAACAAGCAGCACAGCCCCAUCCAGGUGCCCAUGGUGGCCGGGUCCCCGCUGGGCGCCACCCAGACCUGCAAUAAAGUCCGAUGUGUUGUCCCUCAGACCACGGUGAUCCUCAACAACGACCGGCAGAACUCCAUCGUGGCCAAGAUGGUGGGGCAGGAGGAGCCGCUGAGCAGAGCAGCAGAUUCCCUGGAGAACAUCCUCAGCAACGCGGUGCCGGGCCGCCGGCAGAACACCAUCGUGGUGAAGGUGCCCGGGCACGACGACAGCCACAACGAGGACGGCGAGAGCGGCUCCGAGGCCAGCGACUCCGUGUCCAACAGCGGCCAGGUGGGCAGCCAGAGCAUCGGCAACAACGUCACCCUCAUCACCCUCAACUCCGAAGAGGAUUACCCCAACGGGACGUGGCUGGGCGACGAGAACAACCCCGAGAUGCGGGUGCGCUGCCCCAUCACGCCCGCCGACAUGCUGCACAUCAGCACCAACUGCCGCACGGCCGAGAAGAUGGCCCUGACCCUGCUGGAUUACCUCUUCCACAGGGAGAUCCAGGCCAUCUCCAACCUCUCGGGCCAGGGCAAGCACGGCAAGAAGCAGCUGGAUCCCCUCAUGAUCUACGGGAUUCGCUGCCACCUGUUUUACAAGUUUGGCAUCACAGAGUCGGACUGGUACCGCAUCAAGCAGAGCAUCGACUCCAAGUGCAGGACAGCCUGGAGGAGGAAGCAGCGAGGCCAGAGCCUGGCUGUCAAAAGCUUCUCCAGGAGAACCCCCUCAUCCUCCUCCUACAGUGGCUCAGAGGGCUCGCAGAGCUCGGUGUCAGCCUCCAGUGAGCUGCAGCAGAACCAGCCCCAGGCCCUGCACUACGCCCUGGCCAACGCCCAGCAGGUCCAGAUCCACCAGAUCGGAGAGGAUGGACAAGUGCAAGUAGGCCAUCUCCACAUAGCCCAGGUGCCCCAGGGAGAGCAGGUCCAGAUCACGCAGGACAGCGAGGGAAAUCUGCAGAUCCACCAAGUCCACGUGGGUCAGGACGGGCAGGUAGGAGCAGCACUGGGUUCCAGCAGCAUUUUCCUUGGUCUUUGA